GUGGCACAUGUUCAAUUCACUGUUUCUCAGGACCAAUUGAAUUGUUUGGGAGGGGCCGACAGAUACCACGCAACAAUUCUUCCCCGUAGCCCCAACAAAGUGCUCACGAACCCUGUCAAGAUAGCUAGAACCGUGGUAUCAAAGAGAAGCCAGCAAGAGCAGGAAAUCCGGACACGGUUGAAGCGUAAAAACUAGGGCGAUUCUGCAUCUGAAGUAAGCAGGUUUGAUUGCUCACUCUCGCCGUGACCCCUGACCUCUGACCUUCCCGCCAUGGCCUUGGAGAAGCUGAAGGGCGUGGGCAGGCAGCUGCUGCGGGUGAAGGUGGUGGACUGUAACACGGAGGACUCGCGGCUGUCCCGCUGCCUCGGGACCUUCGACCUCAUCGCGCUGGGCGUGGGCAGCACGCUGGGCGCCGGCGUGUACGUUCUGGCAGGAGCAGUGGCACGUGAGAACUCGGGCCCGGCCAUCGUGCUCUCCUUCCUCAUCGCCGCCCUGGCCUCCGUCCUGGCCGGCCUCUGCUACGCCGAGUUCGGGGCCCGCGUGCCCAAGACCGGCUCCGCCUACCUGUACAGCUACGUCACCGUGGGAGAGCUCUGGGCCUUCAUCACCGGCUGGAACCUCAUCCUCGCCUACAUCAUCGGAACGGCGAGUGUUGCUCGCGCCUGGAGCGCCACGUUUGACGAGCUGAUUGGCCGGCAAAUGGGGGAGUUCUGCCAGCUCCACAUGCCCAUGAACGCUCCCGGAAUCCUGGCGGAAUAUCCAGACAUGUUCGCUGUGGUCAUCAUCCUCAUCCUCACUGGUGUGCUGGCGUUCGGAGUGAAAGAGUCCGCCAUGAUCAACAAGAUCUUCACCUGCAUCAACGUGCUGGUGCUGCUGUUCGUGGUCAUCUCUGGCCUGGUCAAGGGCUCUCUGAAGAACUGGAACAUCGUACCUGAGGAGGUGCUCAACGUCACCAACGCCUCCCUCUCCAACUUUUCGCUGCCCCUCCCGUCGAGGGAGAGCCUGGGCGAGGGGGGGUUCAUCCCGUUUGGAUUCAGUGGGGUCCUGUCUGGCGCUGCCACCUGUUUCUACGCUUUCAUCGGGUUCGACUGCAUCGCCACCACAGGAGAGGAGGUGCGUAACCCCCAGAGGGCCAUUCCCGUGGGCAUCGUGGCCUCCCUGCUCAUCUGCUUCGUGGCGUAUUUCGCGGUGUCUGCGGCGCUCACCUUUAUGAUGCCGUACUACCUGCUGGAUAAGAACAGCCCCCUGCCCGUGGCCUUCAAGUAUGUGGGCUGGGAGGGGGCUACCUACGCGGUGGCCGUGGGGUCACUCUGCGCCCUGUCCACCAGUCUGCUGGGAUCCAUGUUCCCCAUGCCCCGGGUGAUCUGGGCCAUGGCUGAGGAUGGGCUGCUCUUCAGGUUUUUGGCCAGCGUCAACGACAAAACCAAAACCCCCAUAAUCGCCACUGUAACCGCAGGCAUUGUGGCAGCGAUCAUGGCCUUCCUGUUUGACCUGAAGGAUCUGGUGGACCUGAUGUCCCUCGGCACUCUGCUGGCCUACACUCUGGUUGCGGCCUGUGUCCUGGUCCUCAGGUACCAGCCGGAACAGUCCAACGUCCCAACAGCGUACCUGAGGGCCAGCACGCAGGACGAGGGGGAGAUGAACAGCUCUGCGAGUGACAACAACAUGCGCAUCCUGCCCGAAGUGGAGGCCAGGGUCACCCCGAGAACCCUGUUCUGCCCCCUCACCCACUCCCCUUCUCCCCAGUCCGGCUCCAUCGCCAACGGCUGCACCAGCGUGCUGGGGUUCCUGAUCUUCGUGUUCUGCGUGGUGGCGGUCCAGGGGGGCACGGCGCGUGGGUCGCUGGUCGUGCUCGGGCUCCUGGCGGUGCUCUGUCUGCUCAUCACCGUGGUGAUCUGGAGGCAGCCUCAGAGCCAAGCCAAGCUGUCAUUCAAGGUCCCCUUGGUGCCCUUGCUGCCGGUGCUCAGCAUGUUCAUUAACGUGUACCUGAUGAUGCAGCUGGGCCGAGGAACCUGGAUCCGCUUCGCCAUCUGGAUGGCUAUAGGGUUCGGCAUCUACUUCGCUUACGGCAUGUGGCACAGCACGGAGUGCGACUCCGACUCCGAACUGGGGGAACUGAAGCCCCCCGAGGAACCCACACCCGAGAAAGCCCCCUUCCUGGAGGAGGGGCAGGAGGCCUGAAGAGGAGGGUCGCGACCCUUCGUAUUUUUAGGUGUUGCACCCCUGAUGUCUGGCCUUUCAAAAUUUUUGCUGACAAGACUGUUUAAAAUAUAGUGCACAUCCACAGGGACCUCCCCCAUGUGAACUUGAACUACGGGCCAAAUAGCCCUUCAACCAACCUGCCAAAGCGGGUUUUUCAGGAACUUGUGGCCGCUACAUUGCCUGAACGCUCUCUCACCAUCAAAGCCUUCCUUAAUUCAACUAUUUUAGAGAAUGACAAAAACAAGUUAUCGAAGGAGGCCACAUACAACUGCAAAAACAAAAGUGUUCUGCAUUAGCCGUGCUAAACUUCUGCAGUGUAAACUGUAUCCGUCCAAGUUGAUAUCUUUGAAGUGCUUCCCAAACACUAGGUUAUGUGAGUUAUGUAAAGUAUGUAACGUUAUUGCUUUUCCGGUUUUGGGUGUUCCACCCAUGAAACCGAUCGCCUUCAGCUUUUGUAGUCGAUGCUACCACGGUACCACAGCUGUGCGUUCAUCAUUUGAACAAAAACACUUACCGGGAACAACCGUUCAAACUGUCUUGGGCGUCAGGUCAAUAUCGGGUCAGGUCAGGUCAGGUCAGUGGCGGAAAGUCUAGGUUCAGAAAGCAGGUUCUCAUCAAAUUAGCACAAUUCUUCUGCCAGGAGGUAGAAGUGUUGAGUGAAAUCAGCUGGCUGAGUUCACAGAUGGAAGAAACGUGAGACAGGGAUGGCAUUUUGACCCAUGGAGGUCCCACCUCUGAACAUGGCUGAUCCAGUCAGUGGAAAGUGCUAAAGUACUUGUGCUGCCUCAUCUGAUUCAUUUUAUUAUUUUUAAAUGUAAUACAGCGAUGAUGAAGUGGUCAGACAGUUCGAUGUCCGCUUCAGAUGUUUGACACAUCCAUUACAGAAAGGCACAAUGUACUAGAGACUUCUUUAGCUGCCUGGGUCAUAAGGUUAGAAGACCUUUCCUGCAUUAUGAAAUUGAAUCAUGAACUUCAGUCCAUGUCCCUAUAAAGCAUUAUAAUGUCUUUUCAUUUUAAAAAGGAGUUUCCAUCAGUUCUUUGACCCAAAAGUGUUGACACAUUUUAGGUUUCUCUAAAUGUGUGGGACCUUGGUGUUCAGACGCACACAGAAACCAGAGCUAUGAGUGUGACAUCACACAACUCUCCCUGCCAGGUGAGGGCCUGAGAUGCCAGUGUGCCUUAUGGUCUAAACAGGGCCCCCUGGUGGCACAGUUUAGUUUUCAUUUAGUCAGUGGCCAGGGAAAGCUCUGUAGUUCUUGUAUCCUCCUUUCCUCCACAGCCCAGAAAACCGAUCAGUGUCCUCCCUCCCUUCCUCCCUCCAGUGUUGCAGUAUUGGAGAAGUGAAGGGGCUUCAAACUCUGCUCUCCGUAGCCUCCCAGUGAAGGAUACGGGCGUUCGAGUCCCAAUCCCGCCAUGGCCAGUAACGCAUUGGCGAGGCUUGGCAGGAGCAGUUUUUGGCAAGAGAUACAAGUUUGGGAGUUGUGGGGAAAAGGGUAAAAUAACAGUACUCCUGAAUCCAGAAAUUAAGUGUUGAUUCAUGUUUUGUCCAUCCGUGCUAUCUUAAAAAAAAAUCCACAAUGGUAUGAGCUGAAGUUUUACUGAAAUUUAUAUGGCUGUGUGCUUGUGAGGCUUGCGCUAGGAUUCAAUGCCAUUUUAUGUGCCAUGAAAUACUGAGUUAUCCUCUGUAUAAAUGUACAAUGCUUUGUACAGUCAUCUUGUAAAUAUGAAUCUAUUUUCUUAUGAUAAAUUAUUUGAAUGGCAGAUAGCAUUAUGAAAAGCGGUGGUCUGUGCGUGUACUUUAUGAUCUCAGACCACUGGCCAGUGGGUAGCUAGAGUACUCUGUCUCAUGAGUGCUGGUGUCUGUUAACUGCUGUGCAAAGUAUUUCUUGCUACGAAUCGUGUGAGAAAUUGUCUUCCCUGUUCCCACUGGGGUUCCCAACGGCUUGCUCAUUGAAGUUAGUUUCGCCGACUAAGCUUGGGCUUUUUCUAAAGAGGUCUGUUCCUCAUAUGCAAUAUUCCCACAUUCACCAGGGUCAGGUUAGACAAGUGUGCUUGUCAGGAUCUUUUUGUAUAUAAUUUUAGCUGUGCCUUGAAUUUACCAAUCACAUUUUUUGUGGCGGAGGAUGUUAACAGGUACUUGUCUUUGUCCAUGGGAUUUGUGUGUGUGUUUUUCUUUUUUGGUAACUUUUUACGACUACAACUGCUUUCUGUCCUUGAAUGGGGUUGGGGUAGAAUUGCAAAAAGUCUUUUGCAUAACACUUGCAAUUGCAAGUACAUAAUCAAGGGAUGAAUGUUACUUUCUGCAGCUGAAUCCGUAUGAACACCUUACAGGACCAUUAAAACCGUGCCAGUAGGAGAGUCUGUCCUGCAUUCACUGUAAAUUACAUUUGCGUUUGAUGGAAAUUGUAGAUUGAAAUAAUUGUACUGGGGCUCCCCAACCUUUGGGGUCUGCUUUCCUCGUAGAACCUCAUAGCUCCUCACACAAUGUGUGUAUGGACAACUGUAAUGUCUGCUGUGUGUGUUCGGCCCACAAGCUUAUAGGGGUACACGAGCAUGUUCGUGUAUGUCUACAUACACAUUAUUGGAAGGGUCACAUGUACAGUACAUAUAGUCUUCCCUGUAAGUGCAUGUUUCUUUCCCCUGAACCACGCAAAAGGUAUCAUGUAUGUUUGACUGUGUGGACAUUUUCCCUUUAAGUUAUUUUAUUUCUUUAUUUAACCCAAGAUAUGUACUGUUACAAAUGUGCUGCUGUUAAUAAAUGCUUUAAAGAUUUAAAAUAAA